GAUGAAUAGAGUUAUUGACUUGUGGAAGAUCUCCAGCUCCAUGUCUACAGUAAUAGACAUGAUCUUUGCCAUCAUGUACGGAGUGGGACUCUUUUACCUACUAAUCCCAUUCCUGAAGGAGUAUCCAGAGUCUCCACCACCUAGAAGAGAAAAGAAGUUCCCAAAGGUAGUGAAGAAGGGGCAGAGCAAGGCCAGGAAGAAAAUUGCUACUGUAAAAGGUUUCAGAAACAACCAAAAGAAUGCACAGGAUACCCAGAAUGCACCGCAACCUAUGGAAAGGCCCAUCCAGCAUCCUUUACUGGACACCUCUCCCCGCCCCUUUUGGUACUCUAAGGAGAAACUGAAUCAGUUUGCCCUCCCUCAGCUGUUCUCUUAUCUCAAGUUCUUAGAGGUUCUUAUACAUCAGAAAUUUAGCCAACUUUUAUGGGGCAUAUCCUCUGUGAUCUCUGAGGCAGUUGUGGUUACUGCCUGGAUGUCCAGGAAAUCCUUCUCAGGAGGAUGUAAAAGUGUGAGGUUUGAUGAUACAAGUGACCACAAUCAAGGUUUAUCUCUGGCUAAAGAACCUCCACAGCUUUGCCAGGACCAGCACUUGCCCCACCAACUUGUGACACCAAACUUGGUAGGUGCGACAGGGGUCCAGGAACUAGAAAACCUCCCAAGCUCUAUACCAAACCAAAGAAGUUCUUUAUUCCAGAGAAGGGCUGGUAGAAGAUCAUGUCCCACCACGGACAUAGGGAUACAGACGUCCCUUCCAAAGAUAAAUGAGCCCUCACAACACAGACUAAGUUGGAAAGACAUUGCAGGCUGUAGUGUCCAAAAAUGUCAAGCAGCCAUUGGCCAACCCACUGACAACUUGUCCAUGGGUGACCUGCCCUUUAAAGCUAUCAGCUCAGCCUCCAUUCUUCCUAAGCAUUAUCAAAUGAUCCACCAUUAUGAGGACCCACAGCAUGCCACACCAACCACCCAAGAGAAGGCAAUUAGUGAAGGAGAACAAAAAGGAACACAUGCUAGAUUCUGCCCAUCUAGGGAACUGACACAAUUUCAGGAAGAUUUCCAACCAAACAAUGAUGGCUAUUGCAAGAACCUGCCUGAACUCAACCAGCCUGCUAAGCCCUCCAUCCUCAACUACAAAGGCUACAAGUGCAGCCAGGAUUCUGUGCCCACAGGAGUUCCCUUAAAGAAGGACAUAGCUAAUUCUGAUGUACUUAACAGAUUCAAGAAGAGUCUCAGGGUUGGGGCCGAAGAUCUGCCUUGUACUUCAAGCAGCACUCCUUGGAAGGAUCUUGAACACAGGGACUCUGUGCUAAAGACAGAUGAGCUGCUCUCUAUAAACACCAGCAAGGACCUUUCCUUCCUUGAUCCAAAUACUAAAAUGAAGCUGGAAUCAAGUGUCAUGCAAUCUUUUGGGAAAAGCAGGAGAUUACUCUGUGUUUCCAAGGCUGAAUACUAUUCCAAGGCUGCCAUGAUCCUGGAAAAAUUGCAUCACCAAGAUCCAGGAGGGAUUAGUGUAAAAACUGUAUCAUCUGCCAGGCUGGAAAGUCCACUGUUUGACCACUCACUUCCAGAGGCUCAGGAGACUAAAAAAACUCCUCUUCCUGCUACCAGCCAUGGACCCUCAAGGUCCUAUCCAGACCAACAGCAGAGAAACCAGAGUGUUCAGCCCCAAACUUUCCCUUUCCAGGCAAAAGUCCAACAGAGUAGGACUAUCCAAGGAACUGGGAGAAAUAUCUUGCAAUCAAAUGCCAGUCCAAAAAUGGCUGAGCAUGUACCCUGGAAGCAAUCUGAAGAUGCACCCUCAGAAUAUCCCCACUUGAGUGCAACAAUUGUGGGCCCUGAACACAGGGUCUCACCUUCAGUGGCCAAACAAACCAACAAAUGGAAAGUAAAAGGAGAGCUACCUCAUGCAUGGAGGGUGAGUCUGGGAUCCAGUGAGAUUCCCAAAGGACAACCCAUCAAUAUCACUCUCAAGGAUUUUGAGUUUCUAGAGGCCAAAAGAAGCCCAGGCCAUCUCCAAACACCUACUGCUCAAAACUCAGGGGAUUUGGCUGUAAAAAUAAAAUCACAUGAUAAUAUUGACUUAAAAUCAAGUAAUCAGUCUUGGCUUGUGAGUCAUCAUCCUGAUGCCCCCAAUACAAUACCCCCUGCCAUGGUCAGCUUGCCUUCAGAGAACUCACUGCCCAAUUUCCAAAAUGAAUGGCAAAACCCCAAGACUUCACACAGAUUAGGUGAUCUCCUCAUGAGUAGUGAUCAGAGUGUGGAGACUAGGGAGUUCAAGACUAAAGCAAAGAAUGAGAUUGUAUUUCAUCCCCCUGAAGAGAGGACCAGCAUUUUGAAAUCUGGAGGCAUAAAAGAGGGAGAAAGGGUUGGGAGAGCAAGUCCUUCUAUCUUGACCUCCACCCAGUUCAAGAAUACAGCCAAGCCUGUGAGCCAGUCCCCCCUUAGCAUAGCAGAAAAAAUAGAGUCUCCUUCUAAAAUCUCCUUGAAGAACAUCACCAGAAAUAUUGCACAAUACAAAAAACUCAGCACAAAAUACAAGGGGCAGGAGAAAUCCUUGAGGAAUGAAAGCCCCCUACCAGUUACAGGGGUAAAGGAGACAGUAGAUAGAGAAAAUCUCAUCUACAGUACAGUAGUUGAACUACAAACCCUCACAAAUGUUCUGCUCCAAAAACUGGUGGAUAAUGUAGAUGACGCAUCAAAACUCAUAGAUCCUGUGACCCAGGUACAAGAGAAUAAAGUCCAGAUGAGUGACUCCACCUACUCUUCUGAGGGUCUCUAUGACCCAAACCACAACAGGCCAGCGAGAAGAAGAUUCUGUGACCAACCUCUGAACAAAGCAAAGAGAGGAGUGGACUUUGAACUGUAUCCUGCUUUCAUGGGAAAUGACCAUCCAUGUUGUUACAGGGGAUUUGGAAACAAGCAGGAGUCAGGUCUUGCUGACCAGAGAUCCAAUAACCUAGGUGAAAGUGUUAGGAAAAUUGGAAUGGGAGGCUCUAUACAAGGAGGCUCCAAGGGGCAUAAUCAUUCAUUAAGGUACAGAGAAAUUAGAGGAAAACAAAAGCCAGGUGUUGUCCAUAAAGCCUUUGUUCCACAUCAAAAUACAAAGAAAAGAAUGGACCAUGAUCAACUUACGAGUCCCAAAGAGAACCAUCCAGUCAAGGAUGGGGGAGCUAGAGGCCAGAAGCAGUCAGCUGUUGCUGCCCAGGGAGCCUCUAACCCAGAUGAAAUUAGAUCAAAGAGUGGAAAGGAGUGUUCUCCACAUAGAAACCCUGAGAUGGAUAACCUUUCAAUUAGAUACAGAGAAAUCGGAAACAAAUCACAGUCCAGUGUUAAUGCCCAGAGAGCCUGUGACCAACAUCUGAACAACCUAAAGAGAAAAAUAGUCCUUGGCAACCUCCUUGCUCCCAAGGAGAACAACCAUCCAUGUUGGCAUAGGGUAAGUGGAGAGAAACACCAGUUAGGACUUGCUGACCAGAGAGUCUGUGACUCAGAUCAAAGUACAGGGAAUGGAAUGACCUGCUGUCCACAUAGAAGUCCCAAGUGGCACAACCUUUCAUUUAGAUACAAAGAAAUUGGAGAAAAAGCAGUGCCAUAUGUUAAUGCCCAGAGAACCUGUGACCAACAUCCAAAAAGUAUGAAGAGAAGAGGUUUUGACCACAUCCUCACUGGCAGGGAGAAGAGCCAUCCAUAUAGUUACAAAGUAAUUAGAGACAAGCAGCUGUCAGGUCUUGCUAACCAGAAAGCCUGUGACCCAGGUCAAAUUAAAAAGAAAAAUGAAAUGGCUAACUGUACACAUAGAUGCCAUGAGGGGCACAAACUUUUAUUCAGAUAUAGAAUAAUUGAAAACAAUGAGAAGCCAGGCCUUGUCCUUAUAGCCUGUGACCCACUUCAAAGUACAAAAGAAGGAAUGGGCCAUGGUCAGCCUAUGAGUCCCAAAGGGAAUCAUUCAGUCAAACACGGGAAGCAGUCAGGGCAGUCAGGUGUUGCUGCUCAGGGAGCCUCUGAACUGAGAUCUUACCAGCAAAGGCCAAACAGCAGGUACCUCAAGCCAUUCAGAAGAUGUCCCAUCUGCCCAGCUAUUGUUUUCUUCUAUGUUUUUUUGGUAAUAAAUGUUGGCAUUUUUCCUGAAAAAUAAAAUAAAAAAUUACAAUACUGACAAGA